UGGUUCACUGUAGAUGUUCCAGGUGUUUUUCUUUCCCUUCAAAGCGAAGGAUAAGAAAACGUCCUCGUGUCCUGACGCUGUUAACUCUCCCUGAGGAUGUUCUGUUUCAUGUUCUGAAAGGCCUUCACAUCCUCUCAGUCAGAGCUGUGCACUCACAUCUUAAAUACCUUGUGGAUAAUCAUGCUAGUGUUUGGGCAUCUGCAAGUUUCCAAGAAAUAUGGCCUUCUCCAAACAAUCUGAGGAUGUUUGAAAAGGCUGCUGAAAGGGGUAACUUUGAAGCUGCUGUGAAGCUGGGGAUAGCAUACCUCUACAAUGAAGGCUUGUCCAUCUCCGAUGAGGGUCGUGCAGAAGUGAAUGGAUUAAAGGCAUCUUAUUUCUUCAGUGUGGCGGAGCGUUUGAAUGUGUGCACAACCCCAUUUAUCUGGCUCUUUAUCCGUCCUCCUUGGUCCUUGAGUGGAAGCUGUUGUAAAGCUGUGGUCUAUGAGAGUCUCAAAGCAGAGUGUCAGUCUGAGAAAGCUCAAAAAGGAUCUAUUCUCCACUGCUUGGCUAAGGUCUUGAGUCUCUUUGAGGAUGAAGAAAAAAGAAAAGAAUCCCUUGAAAUGUUUGAAGAAUCUUCAAAGCAGGGUUGUUUAAACAGCUCCUACCUCCUUUGGGAAAAUAACAAAAAGGCUGCUAUGUCAGAUCCUGGCAGAUACCUCCAAAGUCUCAGGAAGCUACGAGACUACGCAGCAAAGGGCUGCUGGGAAGCACAGAUAGCUUUAGCCAAAGCUUGUGGGAAUGGAAACCAACCAGGAUUAGAAGCAAAAUCUUCCAGUGAAAUGGUGUCUCAAAUCUUUCAAGCUUCCCAUCCUAUCAACAAGCAAAGUAUCUUCACUGUGCAGAAAGGAAUGAAUGAAACAAUGAGGUACAUCCUGGUCGAUUGGCUGGUAGAAGUGACUACCAUGAAAGACUUUUCUAGCCUAUGCCUUCACAUGACAGUGGGAUGCGUAGAUCGUUAUUUGAAGCUGAGACCUGUAGCUCGGGCCCAACUCCAACUUCUGGGAAUAGCCUGCAUGGUCAUUUGCACACGUUUCAUCAGCAAAGAGAUCUUGACGAUACGGGAAGCUGUGUGGCUAACAGACAACACAUACAAAUAUGAAGACUUGGUCAGAAUGAUGGGCGAGAUCAUUUCUGCCCUAGAAGGAAAGAUAAGGAUACCUACCAUUGUGGACUACAAAGAAGUAUUGUCAAACAUAAUCUCGCUGGAGAGAAGAACUCUUCACCUUUACAGCUUUAUUUGUGAACUGUCACUCCUAAACACAAGCCUUUGUGUGUAUUCCCCAGCUCAGCUGGCUGCUGCAGCACUGCUGCUGGCUAAGAUACUACACAGGCAAGCACACUCUUGGACCAGCCAGCUGUCCGAGUGCACUGGUUUCUCUCUUGAAGAACUGUUGCCCUGUGCACUAAGCCUCCACCAAAGGUGUUUCCAUAAUAAUGUCCCAAAGGAUUAUAGGCAGGUGUCCUUAACUGCAGUAAAACAACGAUUUGAAGAUGAGCGUUAUGAAGAAAUAGGCAAAGAAAAGAUUAUGAGUUACAGCGAGCUCUGUUCAUUGUUGGGUGUGAAACAGGAGGACCCGAAGCCCACUCCCUUGCACACGAAUGUGGUGGAAAUUCAGACUUUCCUUAGCUCUCCCUCUGGAAACAGAUCUAAAAGGCGGAGAGAAGACAGCAUUCAGGACGACAGAGGGAGCUUUGUGACUACACCCACAGCAGAGCUGUCCACCCAGGAAGAAAGUCUUCUAGAUACCUUCCUAGACUGGAGUUUAGAUUCCUGCUCUGGUUAUGAAGGUGAUCAGGAAAGCGAAGGAGAGAGAGAUGGAGAUGUGACAGCUCCUAGUGGGAUCCUGGACAUGGCAGUGGUCUACAUGGACCCUGCGGAGCACUGCUGUCAGGACUCCAGCGAUGAAGACAGCCUAGCUGCAGCGUGGGCUGGGCCCACGGCACCACUGAGGGAGGCUAAGCUGCUGGAUGACACUCACAGCCCUUCAGCAUCUCUCACCCCAAGAAAUCCUCACCUGGAUGGAAGCUCAGGCUACUCUUCUGUCAACAGUGCCAGUCCUCCAUCUUCUGUAGGAGGCAGCCUUGGCGUACCUCUAAGACCUACCUCAGCACUGUCUCUUGGCAGUGCCAUGAACAAGGAGGCGUGCCUGCCCCAUUACCUGGAAUCCUGUUUACAGCCAGUCUGUGCUAGGCCUAGUGAUGGCAAGUGUCACAGAAAGCAAGUCAAGCGAAAAAAUGUGGCAGAGCACACUGAAGAAAGGCUGAACCUAGGCUUCUUAAGCCUCUGA